ACAGUGUUGUUUGUUUAUUUCCCACGGUUCCAUAAAACCGACGCGCUUUUACACCAGUUUACAAAAAUCCAAACAAUUUAGUGAUGCUCGCAAUUCAAACGCCUAAUUCCGGUGGCAUUCCAGACAAGCUAUGGCAGCCGCAUUUUGUCGCCUUUGAGACCACGAUGGGAGAAUUAACGAUCGAGCUGUAUUGGAAGCAUGCCCCAAACACUUGCCGCAACUUUGCCGAACUAGCACGACGAGGCUACUACAAUGGGACGCAGUUUCAUAGGAUCAUACGAGAUUUCAUGGUGCAAGGAGGCGACCCAACCGGAACCGGUCGGGGUGGUCAGUCAAUCUACGGUGCCACAUUUGCGGACGAAAUACAUAGCGAUUUGAAGCACACCGGUGCGGGCAUUGUAUCGAUGGCAAACUCUGGCCCGGACACGAACGGGUCGCAGUUCUUCAUCACCCUCGGUCCGGCGCAGUGGCUGGACGGAAAGCACACCAUCUUUGGGCGCAUUCACACCGGCAUGCAGGUGGUCAAACGAAUAGGGCUGGUGGAGACGGAUAAGAACGAUCGGCCGGUAGAGCCAGUUAAAAUUGUAAAGGGAAAGGUUGAAAAAUACUAAAAUAAAUACGAUCUUAUCGAA